UGUACCCUCUUGACUGGCUGAAUAGGAGGAUCACAUAUUGUCCUGGUGUUAAAGCAGAGCAGGUAGACGCACAGGAAGAAGGGGAAACAUGGCUUUUAUGACUCUGCUGUGUCUGCUGUUACUGCAGCCUGGCUCCACCGCUCUAAUGAGUUCUCCAUUGGACGAGCUUUUUCAUCACUCGUCCAGUCAGAGAGACAUAGUUUCCUUUCCUGGUUCUUCUCCUGAUGCCUCAGCGAGCGGGCGGCUGCGUCGAUCGGCUCUGAUGCCUGACAUCACACAUCUGGAACUGCUGGUGGUGGUGGGUCCUGAUGUCCAGCAGGUCCACAAGCAGGAUACUGAACGAUACAUCCUCACCAACCUCAACAUUGCCUCCGAGCUGCUGAGAGACAUGACCCUGGGUGCCAACAUGAGGGUGCACCUGGUCCGCAUGAUCAUCCUGUCAGAGCCAGAGCCAGAGAUCCAAAUGUCGACCAACAUUACCUCUUCUCUCAGAAGUGUGUGUGACUGGGGCCGAAGGAUAAACCCCUCAAACGAUACAAACCCACUACACGCUGAUCUGCUGUUGUACAUUACAAGGUAUGACCUGGUGUUGCCCGAUGGGAACAAGCAGGUCAGGGGGGUAGCGCAGCUGGGUGGGGCUUGCUCCAGUGAAUGGAGCUGUGUGAUCACAGAGGACACAGGCUUUGACCUGGGGAUCACCAUCACUCAUGAAAUUGGCCACAGUUUUGGAAUCAACCAUGAUGGAGUGGGUAACACCUGCAGCAGGAGUGGCUUCAUGAUGGCCUCGGAUGGAGGCUACAACAGUGUGGAUCUGACCUGGUCGCCGUGCAGCAGACAGCAGCUGCUCACAUUCUUCAGUGAAGGCAAAUCAGAAUGUGUAAAAGACCUUCCUGCACUGGGAGGCUCCCUACAAGACUGGAAGCCUGGUUUAUAUUAUGGGGUUGAUGACCAGUGCCGUAUAGCUUUUGGUAGCUCUGCAAGAGCCUGCUCUUUCACCAACCCCGACCUGCCAGCUUGCCGUGCUCUGUCCUGUCACGUUAACCCAGAUGAUGACAGCUCCUGCAAACGUCUCCUGGUUCCACUGCUGGACGGGACAGAGUGUGCACCUAAUCAGUGGUGUUUGAAGGGACGUUGUGUGUCCUUAGAUGAGCUCAGCUCCUCUGCCAUGGUGCAUGGCUCCUGGUCCAGCUGGUCCGAGUUCUCCACUUGCUCACGGACGUGUGGUGGGGGAGUCACUCAUCGCACACGGAAAUGCAAUAACCCGAGACCUGCUUUUGGAGGGAAUGACUGUGAGGGACCGGAUAUUGAGGCUGAACUUUGUCACCAGCAGCCAUGUGAGCGUACUCAGCUGGAUUUCAUGGCAGAGCAGUGUUCCCAAACAGACCUCCACCCCCUCUACCUGCUCCCAAACACUGCCUCCUUCUACACCUGGAUCCCCGCUGUAGGCUUUGCACAAGGGGAUGAGCAGUGCAGAUAUACGUGCCAGUCAGAUGGGGAAAACUUCAUAGUGAGCCGUGGCUCUCAGUUUGUGGACGGGACUCGCUGUCAGUCAGGCAGCCCGCCUCCCUUUGGCUCCACAGCUGCUUGUCUAAGAGGGAAAUGUCAGCUGUUUGGCUGUGAUGGUGCACUGCAUUCUGGGAAAGUGAGGGAUGUGUGUGGGGUGUGCGGUGGAGAUGGAUCGUCCUGCAGUUUGACCUCUGACUCCUACACUGGUGGUCAAGCCAGAGAGUACACCACCUUCCUCUCUCUGCCAGUGAAUGCCACACAGGUCCACAUUGUCAACAGGGCUCCUCUCUUCACUCACAUGGCUGUAACGGAUGGGGAUCGGUACAUUGUGUCUGGGAGGGGCAGCAUGGGGCUGAAUAUGACCCACCCCUCCCCACUGGAUGAUAACCGCCUAGAGUACCACCUCCACCUGACCCCUGACCUUUUGCCUGAGAUGGAGGAGCUGCUGUUGCCCGGACCACUGCAAGAGGAGAUAAACAUACAGGUCUAUCGUAAAUAUGGAAAAGAAUAUGGAGAGAAAACAAAUCCGAACAUUAGCUUCCAGUUCUACCUGCCUAACAGAAACAGUGACUUGACAGACAUCACACCUAAAGGAAAAUGGGCUGUCUUAACAACACCCUGCUCUGUCUCCUGUGGAUCGGGUGUACAGAAGCAUGUAUACGUCUGUGUAGGACAAGAUACCAACAACCAUUUGGAGGAACACAAUUGUGAAACACCUCCUCCACCUACACCACUCCACACAACCUGUCAGCUCUCCCCCUGUCCCCCCAGGUGGGAUACGGGGAUGUUUGGGCCUUGCAGUGCCUCCUGUGGUGGAGGAGAGAGAGUGCGUCCUGUAGGAUGUGUUCAGACACAUGGAUCUGAUGUGGUAAAGGUUCCAGAUUUUAAAUGCCCUUCUGAUACAGCUCCAAAUACUGUUGAGAAAUGUAACCUGCAACACUGUCCCGCCAGGUGGCGUGUGUCAGAGCCAGGGGAAUGUUCAGCGGUGUGCGGGCCAGGAGAAGCCAAGCGCGUCGUGUCAUGUGUGCAGCCCCAGGAUGGCCAAGAUGUUGAAGUGGAUCAAAGCUUUUGCUCAAAGCAGAUCAAACCGCCUGAUUCUGUGCCCUGCGUGGUAGAUGUUUGUCCCAUUGGGUGGGAAUCUAAGGGAGAGGAACAGCCCGUGCCGAAGCCUGGUUUGUUGCCACGCUCUAGACAGGUUCCUGUGUAUGUAUGGAGUCCUGUUAUCAGCCAGUGCUCCAAGACCUGUGGCAACGGAACCCUGCAGGCGUGGUUUUCCUGUGUGGACCACCAGACCAGACUGGGUGUGCCUGACUUCCACUGUGAUGCUUCUACUAAACCUCCUCUGCAGUCUGAGACAUGCAACACAUCUCCCUGCCCUCCCAUGUGGCACUCUAAGCAAGGAGUCUGCAGCGUAACGUGUGGAGGAGGGGUGGCCAACAGGGUGCUGUACUGUGCUAGAGAAACAGAGGGGGAGGAGGAGGUGGUGGAGGAUUCAGAGUGCAGCGACUUUCUCAAACCCACAGCAGUGGUUUCAUGUAACACCCACAGCUGCCCGGCAAGUUGGAAGGUAUUCAGGACAUCGCCCUGCUCGGUGUCCUGUGAUUUGGGUGUAGCUCAGAGGACUGUGUCUUGUGUCCAGUUCGUCCACGGCAAGGACAGUGUGGUGCCGGAGGAAAACUGCCGUGCAGCUGUCAGACCAGCCACCAAAGUGCCCUGCCUGGUGCAGAUCUGCACAUUGAGAUGGGAGGUGGAACUAUGGAGCCAGUGCUCAGUACCAUGUGGAUACGGGAUCCAGUCCAGAACUGUGUCCUGCAUGGGCCCCACCAAUCCGGAGCCCCUCAGCCCUCUGCUCUGUAUGCACAUGCCCAAGCCCAUCACCAUUCAGGGCUGCAACAUGGGCAGCUGCAAAGAGGAGGGACCUCUCCUGUCUGCCACCCAGAGCUACAGAGAUACACCUCUGCUCCGCAUGGGCCACCUUCCCCCUCCGAGUCCGACAGAGGCAGUCACCAUCCCACAGACCACUACGACAGUCAUUCCAACACCUAAACCCAGUGCAUGUGGACGGCUACUCCUAGAAGAAUCAGGCAUGGUGGACCUGAAAAAUGUAACCGGCCGCUGCACAGUAUCCAUAGGUCGACCCCUAGAUGAGGUCAUUUAUAUUAAAGUGGAAUCCGGCUCCUUGAACUGCAGAAAAAAGGAGUAUGUUGCAUUUUUUGACCGACUGGCCUUUGUGAGGAAGUGCGAGCAGGUAGCAGGGAGCGAACUGACCACCAGAACCAACGUCCUGCUGGUGCGCCAAAACCUGCUCACUGCUGGGAACGGGGUUGUGUUCACCUACAGUUCACAGAAGAAUACAAAGAAGAGCCACCGUCAGGAUUGUGACAUUCAGCUGUUUUCCCCAAGCGGUGUCUUUGAGAAUCCAACAACGUCCAACACUAACCACACCUGUCGAGUCCUCAUCAAUGCCCCUCCCUCUGUGAAGAUCAGAAUCCAGGCCCUGCACAUAGGAUUAGUAUUCAACUCCACCAACUCCCAGUCUACAUACAUUAUGAUCCGGGACAUGGACGUCUUAAAGACCAACGUGUUUAAAGGCCAGCAGCUGUUUCUGUGGCACUCCUCUGGAAAUAUGGCCGAGGUUGAAUUUCAUGGAGACUACCUGCAUUCCAAAGGGAGCUUCAGAGCUGAAUAUUCCUUUGUGCGUCUUUGAUACUAGAUAUUAACUAUUAUUGAGGAGGUUUGAAAUGUAUGUUUUAACAUUUCUUCAGUUUACAGCAAGGGUUUUCAAACUCAGACUGUAGGCCUUGCCACUCAACAGUUGAGCCAAGAUAGUCUAAUAUUGCUGUUUGACAUAACUUUAGAUUACACCAAACACAUAAAAAACAGUCUGUCCAAAGGCAUUUAUUCAUUUCUGAAUCAGAGAAAGUCGGAAGAUCAGUAAAAUUCUACUGAAAACUAUCUGUGAGCUAUCUCUUUAACCAAAUCGUACAUAUUUAGGCAACUCUAUGUGAUCUCCUUUUUUGUAAUAUGUUUUCACUUCUAUUCACUGAGCCUCCUCUGAAGCUGUUCGGCAACCACUUUGAUGGAUGCUUCUAACAGUCAUUAACUUCUACUCUGUUGAGUAGAAAGACCAAAGCAGACUUUAGCCACAUUCUCUCUUUUUGUCUUCAUGCCUGUGUGCUAAUUACUUUGCCCUGAAAUAAAUAAUAAACAAGCCAAAGCAUUGAAAAUCUUUAA